CAUUGCCACCAAAGCACAACGAUCGUGCGGCCAAAGGCAAUGGCGGUGGCCGAGAUAAUGACGACCCAGCUCCGCGCAUGCGAAGAAAUGUUGCUGAACCUUAAGGAGUACAAGAAGGGUGAGCUUUGUGACCUAUAUCGCAUGGCGAAAGAAGCCAUUCAGUCGCUGAAGGCAGAACAAGAUGCCAUUGAAUCGGCACUUCCGCAACUAGCCGACAACGAGCGCAAAUGCGCAUUGGAAAGACAGACGCAAAUGACGUCUAUGGAGUUAAGUGCAGAAACUGUACAAAUGAAGCUUGAGCAACUCCACGCCCACUCGGGAGAGUUGUGCGCGAUCCUCGAGCCCCAAACAACGCGAUUGCAGCACCUCCAAACAAAAAUUCAGUACUAUGAGUUGCUCUUGGAAGUGGAAACACUCAGUGCCCAAGCCAAGACUUCGGCGAAUUCAAAUGGAGAUAUUGAUGCAUUCGUGGCUCUGGCAGCCCUCAACCAGUCUCUGUCAUCGCAUUUUGGAUUGGACUCGUCGCUACAGCUCAACCUUCGCUCCCUGAUCAAACAGCGAAUGGCGUAUCUGGCGGUGGAAUUUCAAAUUUUUCACACGAACGCCUUCGAUGCCGCGCUACAGGACCUAAACUGGCCGCAGUAUCUUGUCGAGGCGGAUUUUGUGUCCCAGGAAGCUCAGUUGACUGCAUUUCGACGCAAGUUUACUACUCUGGUUCAAGUGCAACUAGCUUUGGCGUCAGUAUCUCCCGAAGGGGUUGAGGCCGAGAUGUCGGAGCUGUGGGUUAUGCAUCGGCUGCUCCAGCCGCUCGUGCGUCGCUUUCAUUUCCAUUUCAACACGGACGUCAAAACAAACGACGUAGCCAAACCCGAAUGGUAUUUGAUGCACGUACUUGAACUGCUUCGAGGACAUGCCGAAUUCCUGCAUGCGGUCGUGCGGCCAGCACUCGCGGAGGGACUGACAUCGUCCCAAAACCCGUCACCAACCAAACCUGACGGCCUCGCGUUGUUCAUCCACGGACUGUUGCAGCCCGUGCGCGCCAAACUGAAGCAGACGAUGCCAAUUUUGUUGCUCAACAAGGCACUGCUAUGCCACACGAUCGAUGAAGUGGUCGAGUUUGAAUGGACUCUUCGGGACGAGUUCAACUACCGACCGCCGCGGGUGCUCAAUCAAAAAUACCGCCAUGUGCUCGACGAAGUGUCGAGCAACCCGAGUGCCUUGGAUCUGUGGCUGCAAAUCGACUUAGAGUACGCGCAGACAGCCAUGCUCACGUAUCUUCGCGAGGACGUGGCUUGGACUUACGUCUCGGACGAUGACAAGGUGACCAAUGCAGCCUACGCCAUCACUGCCACCUUGGACGCCUUGACAAGGCGCUUCCAAUUUCUGACUGACCCGACGCAUCGAUACACUUACGUUGCCCAAGUGGUCAAGCCGUGGUUGUACCAAUGCCAUUUGGCUGUCGAGAGAUAUGGGUGGACGCACCAAAUCUCGCAAACUCUUGUCGUUGGGGCGACGUUGACGAACAAAGUGCCGACUGCGUUGCGCGGGUAUGGUGCCGCCAUCAACACGGCAUGGUUUGUGCAGCAGCUCCUGAAAGAACUCGACGAAACCAAGGUCUUUGUGGAACUUUUGCCCAUUGCCAAGGUCACGCUCCAUCAGCCGUCGUCUGUGCCAUUGAAGCUCAAGCAAAAAGUUGUCGGGUUAUCCAAAACGGUGCUGAACCCGUUGCUCCAAACUCAAGAAGCCAAGAAUGUCACGCAUGCGCUGUUGGGGCAAGGGUCGCUGGUUCUGCCCACGGCAGCGUUUUCGGCCGCGUACUCUGUCGGCUCGACACUAUUUCGAAGCUUACACGGGCCGACAAGCAUUUCAACGACCUCACCAGAUCCUGCGUCCGUCGACACCGAUGAUACUGGAUCGGACGAAGGGGACGAUGCAUACACGCUAGAAGGCUCGAUGUUUCAAAACGAGUCAACGUGGUUCCAAGGUGGAGUGCAGUCACUGGAAGAUGCACUCGUGCAGGCCUCCAUUGCUGCGAUCCGCACACAGCUGGGGCAGUACAAAGACAGCCCUCGGUGGACUGAACCUCGCGACGUCGACCGUAUGGAGCACGAUGUGUCGCCAGAGCUCGGUGGCGCCUUGGAAUUGCUUCAAAAGCACUUGGUACGGAGUGCUCCUUCCUUCCCCUCCAUCCCCCUACCUUCGAUUGUGCCAAGGCUUUCACGCAUGCCACGUUGAACUCGGCGUCGUUCGACGAGUUUUGGAAAGCCGUGUUGAAAGAAGUGGACAGCCACGUGCUGUGCAUUGUACUGCGUCUUAAGUCGAUAACAAUGAAUGGACGAGUGCAGUUCCGGCACGACGUAAAUGCGGUCGCGCAGGUAUUGACGCCAUACACUGCUCGCCCCGACGCAUACGUCCGAAAACUGCGAGAAGCGUCGAUGGUGCUCAGCAUGCCUUCAACGAAAGCAGCCGUGUUGAUGGACGCGUUGGCCACGCAGCACGAAGAAGACAUGGCGACUGAACAACUCAAGACCAUGUUAGAGGCGAGCCAACUCUACGCUUUAACGCCCUCCAACGUCUCGAUCUUGCUCCGCAUCGCCUGCUGAUGAACGGCGCGCUUGUGAACGCCUGGACGUGCCUUGACUGCCUUAAUAGACACGAAGUCUGGUAUAGAUGAUGUUAGUCUUGAGUCGGUCGGGAGUUUGCUCGAAGGAUACGUUGCCUCCGCGAGGUACAUUAUGGCUGGUGGGACGGUUGAAGAUAUAGACGAGCCAGAGGCUUCGCUGGUUGCGGUGACCACAAGCCCUUGGGCGUCCAAGUUGUGCUUCGAUACUGAUGUGGUUGCCAAGUGGCCAACUGUAGCCGAUUCUCGCCGCAGCUCGUCGUUUGCCGACGCGAGAGCGGCAGCUUCUUGACGUACGACAGCUAUUUCGUCUUCAAGGAAUUUGUUACGAGCAGACGAUAUAUGUGUCGAUGCUUGAUCGUCACAAAAUGCUUCAAGUGCGUCGUUCUCGUGGGUCAUCAUGACCAGCACACGACGAACGGUCGCGUUGAGAUCGUCUUUCUCGCGCUUUUCGAUAGCCAAUUGAGUCUGCACACGCACGAGCUCGUUCUCGAGUUUCUCAAUGGUUCGAUCCAGCUGGGCGGUGCUCCUGGUGAUAGAUACCACCGAUCGGUUAUCAUCGACUUCGAGUCCGCAGAUACGCAUGAUGAACCGGAUGAUGUUAAGCACGAGUCCACCAAGGAUGGCGUCGACAGAGGAUACCCAUGGCUCAGCGAUUCGAGCAAUGCCAUGGAACAAGUGCGGGACUCCCACGCGGACUGCAACAGCUUCAGUAAUUCCGACAAGACUGGGAAAGAUGGGAAUUUUCAGCAUCUUGAAACGAGAGUAGAAUGAACAGACGCGGUGUUCAAGCCAUUCUACGAGGUCCCGAAGCAGCGUCACUUCCAUCUCUGUGAACGCACAACCAAAGGACCCAUCCACCACGGUGCAGUGGGAAGCUGUGCAGCCGGCGGCCAUCGUCGUAUAUUGAGCUCCUCGUCGUAACCCAACUGGAUGGGGUUAUCCGGAUGUUGACAUCAACAACUGACAAAGAGGCGACAAGGCAAAUUCUGCAGCGCGCGAGCCGUACAAUUUCAGCUGGGCACAUGGGGAAUCGCAGCCCACGCGAUCCUCUUGACGCAGUUGCUGCCUUCGCAUGGAACAACAAAGCAGAACUUGUCGCUCCCAUACCGGCAAUCAUCUGGUCCAGGUUCGCACCGC